AUGGGCAUUCAAGAAAUGGACCAAGCGAGUGGGGGACAUGAGCAUCGCGCUGCGAUGCACGAUGUCCUCAACGACCUGCGUGCGUUUGAGUACAUGAUCGAACACGGCAUGUUCGAAACAGGCAUCACCAGAAUCGGCGCCGAGCAAGAGCUCGCGUUCGUCGAUGAUGCGAUGCGUCCAGCGCCAUUGGGUCCAGAGGUCAUUGAUCUUCUCCAUGAACGCCGCGCGACCACAGAGAUCGGUCGCUUCAAUAUGGAGUUCAACUGCGAUCCAAAGGUCUUCACAGGAUCGGUCCUGCGAGAUCUGCACAAAGAACUCGAAGAACUAAUGACCAAGGCGCAGGAUGUCUCGCAGAAGCUCGGCGCCAUACCAAUCCUCAUCGGGAUCGUCCCGACGCUGCAGCAGCAGCAUCUGUCCAAGGACUACAUCACUCCCAAGCCGAGGUAUUACGCGCUCGAUGAGCGGAUCACCAAAGCGCGUGGUGGACGCUACGACAUCCGAAUCAAAGGGAUCGACGAGAUCAAUUUUUCGCACGAUUCGGUGAUGCUUGAGGCGCUCAAUACUUCGUUCCAGUUGCACUUUCAGGUGACUCCUGAGGACUUUGCGAUCUCGUACAAUGUCGCGCAAGCGGUGACGGCGCCGGUGAUGGCAGCCGCCGCAAACUCCGCGGUCCUCUUUGGCAAACGACUCUGGCACGAGACUCGCAUCGCGGUUUUCGAGCAGACCGUAGAUACAUCCGGACAGGACAUCCCAACGCAGCGGGACAUGCUCAAGCGUGUGCGAUUCGGUGAAUCGUGGGUCAAAGAAUCCGUUGUUGAGUUGUUCAAAGCUGAUAUCGCACGAUUCCGAAACAUGUUCCGUGCGGAUGCAACGCAGGACUCGCUCGCGAUGGUCCAGCGAGGUGAGAUCCCCAAACUCUCGGCAUUGCAAACAUACAACAGCACACUCUAUCGCUGGAACCGUCAGUGCUAUGGGAUUACCGAUGGCAAGCCUCACCUGCGUAUCGAGAAUCGUGUGUUACCUGCUGGACCAACGAUUGUUGACGAGAUUGCCAACGCCGCGUUCUGGUUUGGUUUGAUGACUCGCAUGCCGAAGCUGUAUCCUGAUUUGACAGAACGGCUGGCUUUUGCCGACGCGCAAGCGAACUUCGUCUCAGCAGCACGAUCAGGAUUGGACUACAAAUCUCGCUGGAUCGAUGGACGCGUCAUCCCGACGCGUGAUCUCAUCCUGGGAGAGCUGGUCCCGAUCGCGAUUGAAGGGCUCCGCGAGGCACAGGUCGAUCACCAGGACAUCAACAAGUACAUGGACAUCAUAUCCGAGCGCACCGAAACGGGACGCAACGGCGCUCGCUGGAUGAUUGAUUCGGUCGCGCACAUCCAUGAGAAAGGGACACGCGCUGAGCGAUUGAGCACGCUGACUGCCGGCACAAUCUCCAGGCAGCAGAUCGGGACGCCGGUGCAUGAAUGGAGCGUCGCGGAGAUCCGUGAAUGCGGCGAAUGGAGACACCACUACACCACUGUGGGUCAGUACAUGCAGACUGAUCUCUUUACGGUUCGGCAGGACGAGCUGAUUGAUCUCGCGGCCUCGAUUAUGGAUUGGGAGCAGAUCCGCCACAUCCCAGUCGAAGACGACGAACACAAACUGGUCGGAUUGGUCAGCUAUCGAGCAUUACUGCGUUUGGUCGCUGAUCCUGUGAAGCGCAAGAGCGACUCGAUCGCGGUCGAGGACAUCAUGGAGCGCAAGCCGGUCUCUGUCCAGCCGGAGACUCCGACGCUCGACGCGAUUGCGUUGAUGAAGCAGCAUCGCGCCUCGUGUCUCCCAGUGGUCUUGGAGAACGGCAAGCUCGUGGGGAUCGUCACUGAGCACGAUUACAUGCGGAUUGCAGGGAAGUUGCUCGAAGAUCAGCUUCGCGGCGGCAAUGAUACAGAGUCCGUUCAGCGAUACCCAGAGCGGGAGAUCGGUCGAGCGGGUGAUGCGAGCUUGGGGACGACCCUUGUCGUGCUCGGCGGGGUUCAUGGGAACGAGCGCGCGGGACUCAUCGCGGGACAACGCGUGCUCGAUCAACUCCACACCGAUCGCUACGCACACAUCAGUGGUCGCCUCAUUGUGCUCGCCGGGAAUCUCGCGGCAUUGAAUCACGAGGAUCCCGAGACACGCUACAUUGAUCAUGAUCUCAAUCGUUUGUGCAAGCGCGAGCAUUUUCGUGAACCCGCUUCAACAAGCGCUGAGCAUGAGCAGAUGUUUGAGUUGUUUGGAUCACUCGAAUCGAUCCAUGCAUCGUGCAAGCAGGCGGGUCAGCAGAUGAUCGUGCUCGAUCUGCAUACAACGAGUGCGCCUUCAAAGCCAGUAGUCGCGUUUGAGGAUUCGCUGCCGGCGCGUGUGCACGCGAUGCGUAUGCCUUGUCCGAAGUAUCUGGGGAUCGAAGAAGAAACCAACGGCUUGGUGAUCGAUGCAGUCACGGCUCGGCUCGGAUGCAUCUCGUAUCUCGUCGAGGGAGGGCAGCACGAUGAUCCCGCGUCGAUCGAUGUGCACGAAGCCGCGAUCUGGAUCGCGCUGGAUACGGCGGGUGUUGUGGAACUCUCAAGACAUCCAAAGGACCACUUCGGGUACAUGCGAUCGAUGUCCCAGGAUCGUGGUCAUGUGGUGUACGAUGUGCGCCAUCGUGAACCGAUCACUAGCGAAGACUUCUCAAUCUGUGCGGGGGUCGAGGUGGGGACUCCUGUACACGCUCGAAAGACGAAGAUCGCGAUGCAAGCUGGGAAACCUGUGUACUCCCCGAUUCACGGGCGGAUCUUUCUUCCAAACAUGCAAACACAUAAGCGGAUCAAUGAUGAUGGGUUCUUCAUCGUCCGCAGGGUCAGCAGCGGUUGGGUCAAUCUCUCAGCAUGGCUCCGCAGUGUGGGGUGGGUCCACAAGCUGAUUGGGAUCAUGCCGGGGGUGUAUCACAGUGAUGAUUCUUCGCUGCUUGUGGAUGCGGAUCUCGCGUGCGUGCUCCGUAGGCAGGUGUUCCAUCUGUUUGGGUAUCGACUCGAGCGUCAUGAUGGAAGAGAGGGCGGCACAGGGAUCAUGCGUGUCGUCAACGGCACGAAGGCAUUUUUCAAAGCCCUGUUCCGAGGUCCCAUACGAGGCAAGGACGGCAAGGGACCUGAUCCGGAGGAUCAUCGCGCUCUUGUCCUAGUCUGUUUGCUCUGCAGCAGUGCGUGCGCCAGUGCUCCGGUUCGUGAUGCGGACCUGUUCUUUGAUACAUUCGCGAAAGCCGCGGUUGCCGCGGAUCAUCCGGAUGCUUCUGCGGCUGGCGCUCAGAUGCUCGCACAAGGCGGGAAUGCGGUGGACGCCGCGGUCGCCGCUUCGUUCACACUCUCUGUGGUGCGUCCCUAUUCGUGCGGGAUCGGGGGUGGGGGGUUCAUGGUCAUUUACCUCCCCAACGAUCCAACGCACGGGCGUGUGCUGACGACCAUCAACUAUCGCGAGACAUCUCCAGCGGACGCGGAUCUGUACCGAUCCGGACUUUCGAUGAAGAACGGACGCUACGCGGUCGCUGUCCCUGGUACGGUUGCUGGAUUGCUCCACGCAUUGGAGGAGUACGGGACGCUCGAUCGAGCAACGGUCUUACAACCAGCGAUCGAUGCGGCGAUGGAGGGGUUCGUCGUUGAUCAGCAUUACAUGAAUGCUGCUCAGGGAAUCAUCGAGCGUUAUUACAAGAACCCGGCGUUGCGAAACUCAGAGAUGGGUAUGCCUUGGAGCAAGUUCACGUUCUGGGGACAGGUAAAGCUCGGCGAUCGGAUCCGCAAUCCAGAGCACGCGCGAGCAUUGGAACUGAUCGCACAAGACGGCUUGAAAGCAUUCACUACAGGCGCGAUCGGUCAAGCAAUCGUGGACACGCUGACGGUUGAGCCGAUCACCAAACGCACUCCGAUCCCGAUCACACUCGAGGAUCUCGCGGGAUACGAACCGAUCGAGAUGAAUCCGAUCGAGACAGUGAUCAACGGCAAGCGACUAAUCGGGAUGCCUCCCCCUUCCAGCGGGGGGGUCACGAUGUUCGAAGCGUUGGAGAUCAUGGAAGCAAUGGGGUACAACUUCCAGAGCACUAAGCGGGAUGCAGACAGCGUUGCGAUGCUGAUUGAAUCACUCAAGCACGCGUUCGCGGAUCGAUCGCGUUACCUCGCGGAUCCGAUGUUUGCUGAGGUCCCGAUUGAACAGCUUCUUGAUGAAGACAACAUCCAAGAUCUUGCGUCGAAGCUGAAUCUGCAUGGGCAAAGCCCAGACUUCUAUGGUACCAAACUCAACGAUGAUCUAUCCGCGCCGAUCGAAGAGGAUGGCGGGACGAGCCAUGUCAGUGUAAUCGACCAGUUUGGUGGCGCGGUUGCGAUGACCGAAACAAUCAAUCUCGAGUUUGGAUCGCUAGUCGGAGUUGAGAAGUUCGGGUUCUGUCUCAACAACGAGAUGGACGACUUUACCAAUCCACGCAAAGUCGGCAAAGGCAACGCGUUCGGCUUGGUCCAAUCCGAACGGAAUAUCCCUGAGAAGGGGAAGCGCCCGCUUUCAAGCAUGUCACCUACGAUUGUGCUCGAUGAAGAGGGCAAAGUCUUCGCGAUCGCCGGAGCGUCCGGUGGACCUCGGAUCAUCACAGGGACGAUGCAAGUCCUGCUGAAUGUGAUGGGCGGAAUGAACGCCGGUGAAGCGGUAUCGCGUCCACGCUUACACAACCAAUGGCUCCCAGAUCAAACGCAGUUCGAGACGGGGUUCAACACUAUUGUGCUCAAUGUGUUCAAAACUCCGUUGCGGGGGUAUGGCCAGAUCAUCGGGAGUGAGGACGCGGUCGUGGGCAAUGUCCAGAUCAUCGUGCGUGAUGGUGAGGACCAGCAGCAGUUCCAAGAGGGCGCGACCAGAGCGCCGAUCCGCGCCGCGGUAACGAUCGGUGCGCACUUUAUCGUCGAUGUCUUCUCGUUCAUCGGGAUCGCGCUGCUCCCCAUGCUCGCGGUGCUGCUGGAGAUCCGUCCUGAGCAGAAGGCGCUCCUGCUGGCGCUGGGAUCGGUGUGCUCCGGAGUCAUCCAACCAGUCGUCGCGUGGGCGAGCGAUCGCUACGACUCGCGUGCGUUCGGCACGGCUGGGUUCGUGGUCGCGGUGUUGUGCAUCGGGAAUCUUGGGAUGGCGCGGGACUUCACCGAGCUUGCGAUCCUCUACAGCAUCGGCGCGAUGGGGGUCGGCGCAUUCCAUCCUCCCGCCGCCGCGACUGUUGGACAGCUCGGGGGCGCGAAGCGAUCGAAGUAUGUCGCGCUGUUCUUCCUCGCGGGCAUGGUGGGGGGGAUCGUGGGCAAUGUGUUCACUCCGAUGUAUGUGGACUGGAUGACUCCGGAGAAACUCGACACAGAGGCCUCGAAGCAGGGCUUGCUCGCGAUCCGCUGGUUCAUCCCCAUCGGUCUGCUCGCGGCGACGUUCCUCGCGAUCGCGAUCCACAAAGCGGGGCACCGUCACCACGGCGCGCACGAGCAUCAGGUCGGAUGGGAUGCGCACGAACGCCGACAGCGAUGGAUCGGGGUGUGGGUGCUGUACGCGAGCAAUGUGCUCAGGUUCACGACCAACAUGGCGCUCGUGUAUCUGUUCACCGAAUGGGCAUCCCGCUUCGUGCUCAGCAAGCACAACGCUCUUGAACUGACCGAACAACUCGGGAUCGAAGCAUCGCAGAUCAACGGCACGCUCCAGGCGUCCAUGCAGGUCGGGAUGGGAGGCGGAGGCAUCACGCUCGGAUUCAUCCUCGCGGCACGAUUCGAGAAAGCGGUGUUCAUCAUCCUCCCGAUGCUCGGCGCGAUCAGCAUCGCGAUGAUCCCGCAGCUCUCCGCAAUGGAUCCAAGCAUCAGCCGAUGGAUGGUGAUGGGCGCGGCGGUGUUGUCCGGGAUCGGAUUCGGAGCCGCGAUCCCGGUGAGUCUUUCGCUCUCGCAGCGAUUGCUUCCGCACCGAACCAGCUUGGUAUCAGGAUUAAUGCUCGGCGGCGCGUGGAUGCUCUCAUUCCUCGGACCGAUGGGGGCGGAGGUCGUGCAGAACGGUUUGAACGCCAAGCCCAAUGUGCCGAGCUUUGUGAUUGAUCUGGUGAACCUGCUUCCAGACUCAUCCGCACAACGCGUGAUGAAGCUUCAGAAGAAAGUCGAAGUUGUAUUCGUGCUCGACACCACCGGCUCGAUGAGCGGCUUGAUCGAAGGCGCGAAACAAAAGAUCUGGUCCAUCGCAUCGACGAUCGCGCAAGCACAACCCGCUCCGGAGAUCCGGAUGGGGCUCGUCGGAUAUCGAGAUCGUGGGGAUCAGUAUGUGACCACCAAGACCACGAUGACCGAUGAUCUGGACACGGUGUACGAAACACUGAUGGGAUUCGAAGCAGGGGGCGGCGGGGACACUCCGGAGAGCGUUAACGAGGCGCUGUUUGAAGCCGUGGAGCGGUUCGAUUGGUCGGAUGAUCCGAGCACACUCAAGAUCGUGUUCCUUGUGGGUGAUGCGCCGCCUCAGAUGGGGUACAACGACGAUGUGAAGUACCAAGCGUCGUGCAAGCUCGCGGCGGAGAAGGGGAUCAUCGUCAACACGAUCCAGUGCGGGAAUCUCCACGGCACCAAAGACCACUGGACCAAGAUCGCGGGACUGACCAACGGGCAGUACGCCGCGAUCGAUCAGGACUCAGGGGUGCAGCGGAUCACGACUCCAUACGACCAAGAAAUCACAGAGCUGGACCAGCAACUCACAUCGCUCAUGAUCGACUACGGCUCUCGCGACGAGGUUCUCUACCAAGAGUCCAAGCGUGAUCGCGCCAGCAAGAUUUCAUCGAGCGCCGCUCCGGAAGCGUCCGCGGAUCGCGCGAUCUACAACCAGACCGCCGCGGGACGAUCGAAUCUCUACGGCGUCAAAGAACUCGUCGAUGACGUCGUCGAUGGACGCGUCGCUCUGGAGGAUGUCGAGAAGGACGAGCUCCCUGAGGCGUACCAGUCCAAAUCGGUUGAAGAACUCAAGCAAAUCAUCAAGGAAAACAAUAAACGUCGUGUCGCGAUCGAAUCCAGACUCGCCGAGCUCGCGAAGCUGCGCCGGGACCAUCAGGACGAGGCCCGCGCCUCGAUGAAGGGCGACAGCUUCGAUAUGCAGGUGCUCAUCACCCUCCAGAAGCAAGGCGAAUCGAUCGGGCUCAAGAUCACGCCCAAGAUGAACACACGAAUCGCACACAUCGCUGGAUUGCUCGCAUCGACCGCGAUCCUCCAGUCCGCACUCGCCGACGACACCGCACUCACGAUCUACUCCACCGCGACCCCUGGCGCGAUUCCGGCGGAGUGGUACCGACCAGUCCCGGGACAGUCCUACGGCUACGGCUACAACCGAUACAACCAGAUCCCAGGAUACGCGGUGAUCCGUCAGGAUCGGACGCUCGACAUCGACCAAGGACUCAGCGUGCUGAGCUUCACCGAUGUCGCGGCGCUGCUCGAUCCGACGACGGUCCAGUUCUCGUCGCUGACCGAUCCCGAUGGGACGAGUGUGCUCGAACAGGACUACCGCUUCGAUCUGCUCUCGAUGGAUCGCAUGCUCGAACGCUACAUCGAUCAGAAGAUCAUCUACGGCGGACAAGAGAUGACCCUCAUGUCCACCGCCGGCGGAGGCAUGCUGCUCCAAGGUGACGAUGGACGCGUCCAGUUCCAGCAAGGAUACGCUGGAGUGGUCUUCCCAUCGCUCGAUGAAUCGCUCGUCACCAAGCCGACGUUGAUGUGGCAGGUCAACGCCGCGACUGGUGGCGAGCAUGACACGCGCGUUUCGUACCAGACGACCGGGAUCACCUGGUGGGCGGAUUACAACCUCAUCUUCACGCCCGGCGAGGAUGCAAACUCGGGGACUGUCGAUGUCGGCGCGUGGGUCUCGAUUCUGAAUCAAUCGGGAGGCACCUACGAGAACGCGAAACUGAAACUCGUCGCUGGUGAUGUCAAUCGGGCGCAGCCGAAGAAUCAGUUCAGACAGGUCGAGACCUACAUGCGAGCGAACGCAAUGGAGGACUCUGGUGCCGCGGGUUUCGAAGAGAAAUCAUUCUUUGAGUACCACCUCUACACGCUCGGUCGUGCAACGACCAUCCCUGAUCGCUCGACCAAGCAGAUCGAGCUGUUCGAAGCCGUCAACGAUGUCCCGGCUGAGAAGGUUCUGCUCUACGACGGGACGGCGCAAGCACAGUGGUUUGGGAACUCCGCGAUGGCGGACCAGAACUGGGGUGUCCAGUCCAACUCGAAGGUCGAGGUCUAUCUCAAGUUCGAGAACUCCGAGGACAACGGGCUCGGGAUCCCGAUGCCAUCGGGACGCAUGCGCGUCAAUCAGAAAGACCAAGCGGACGGCGCGUUCGAGUUCAUCGGAGAGCACGUCAUCGAUCACACCCCGCGCGAAGAGGAGAUCAUGAUCAAGCUCGGCAACGCGUUCGAUGUCGUGGGUGAACGCCGACAGGUUUCAUUUGAGCGCGGCAAGAGCUGGAUCGUCGAGACCAUCGAGGUCAAGCUCCGCAACCGCAAGGACGAGCCGGUCCGCGUGAUGGUGCAAGAGCGCCUCUACCGCUGGACGAACGCGGAUAUCCAGAAGCACUCGCACAACUACGACAUGCUCGAUGCGCGCACGAUGCACAUCCCGGUGUCGCUCGAAGUCGAUGAAGAAGAGACCGUGACCUACACCGUCCGUGUAUUGGUGGUUGUGGAGGACGACGACUCGAUCAGGCGCGGCUUGGUCGAUGCGUUGUCGUUCUCGGGAUACACCGUCCACGAAGCAAGCGACGGCCAGCAGGGGUUAGAACUCUGCCUGAGCGUCGACGCGGAUCUCGUGCUGCUCGACAUCAUGAUGCCCAAAAUGGACGGGCUCGCGGUGCUCAAGGAACUCCGCAAACCCAAACCCGAUGUCCCUGUAAUUUUCCUCACAGCACGAGGCGAGGAGACCGAUCGCAUCGGAGGACUCAAACUCGGCGCAGACGAUUAUAUUGUUAAGCCGUUUUCUUUGGAUGAACUGAUCGCACGGAUCGAAGCGGUCUUCCGGCGCGUUCCCGCUCGUCCAUCGCAGCGGAAGAAGAUCACCAUUGCGGGAAGGCAGCUGGACUUUGAUCGCCGAGAAGCGGUGCUCAGCGAUGGGACGCGUCUGAUGCUCACUGAGCGUGAAUCGGAAGUCAUCGGUUUCCUCGCUGCGAAUCCUGGACGAGCGGUCUCACGCGAUGAGCUGCUGCAGAAAGUCUGGGGACUCGAUCCACGAGGCACGCACACAAGGACUGUGGAUAUGGCGAUCGCACGCAUCCGCGAAUCGCUCGGAGACGAUCCAUCGAAUCCCGAGGUCAUCAAAACCGUGCGAGGCAAGGGAUACAUGCUCGCGGAACGCAACGCGACGGCACGCGCCGAGAAUCAGCGUCAGGAAGUGGUCCGCUUAGCGCUCUGGCGCAUGGAUUCGCGACUUGCUCCGAUGAUCGCAUUGGAAGCGGCUCGUCCGAUUGAGGACUACGAACUGUUGAUCGGGAAUCAGCAGCCGACCUUUGCAGAAAUGGAUGGCCGUUCCGCUCGGCGAGAGAAUCAGCAGAGCACCCCGGCUGUGGACGCGGGAUCGUACAACCUCGGAUAUUUUGAGAUCGAGGAGGACGGUGAAACCAAAGGCAGCGCCAAACGCGCGAUCGAAGUCGCGAUAAACGCGAAGGAAUCUGUGGAGCCACUCAAAGAGGAAACAGAAGAGAAACUUGAUGAGCUCGACGCUGCACCAUCCGUCACAGCUGAUCAGAGAUCGGAUGUUGAAGAAUCAACUCAAUCGGAAGCGGAUUACUACGCCCGUCAACAGAUCGCGGAUCUCGCGCAGUCAAAUCGCUUGCCGCGAAAUGCUCCAGAGCUCAACAAGGAUUUGGAGAGUCGUGCUGAUGCUGCUUUGAUGGACACCGAGAGUGAUGCUCUUGACAACAAUGCGUAUAAGUCCGGAGCAUCGACGAUUGAUCAUGCGUUCGAGGACAUCGGAGCGCAGACUGCUCCCGCUACGAUCGGUGCGAUCGAACCCCGCUGGAUCACUGGGGAUGACGGGAUCAGCGAGCUGGUACUCACUCGCACGAUCAAUCAGCAAGGCAAGAGCAUCGUGCAAGGCGUGCUUUUGGAUUGGCCGGGGCUAUCGCAAGAUCUGAUCAGCGCAAUCGAUGACCUGCUCCCAACAUCGACACUGAGCCCGAUCCAUAGCAGCAAGCAGACCGAUAGCGGGAAAGGAUCAGGGCGCUCAUACAAACUCGCAACGAUCCCUGUCGCGUUCCAUCCCGGUGGCGCAAUCGCUGUGGAUGGGGACUCGAUCACUCCUGCGAUCUUUGCGAUGCUGGUGACCUGGGUUGCAGUGCUCGGCGCUAUGGUCGCCGUCGGACUCGUGCUCCGGACGGUGCUGAAUCUAUCAGCACGACGAGGUCGAUUUGUCGGCGCUGUGACUCACGAGCUCCGUACGCCGUUGACGACGUUCCGCUUGUAUUCCCAGAUGCUCGCGGAUGGGAUGGUCACCGAUGAAGCGGUCCGCAAGGACUAUCUGAACACACUCAAACGCGAGUCCGAUCGUUUGACCGGUAUCGUCGAAAAUGUGCUCGAGUACGCGCGCAUCUCGCGCCAGAAAGGCAUCAAGGACAAACCCAAAGGCGAGCAGACGCUCAGCGUCGGAGAGAUGAUGGCGCGGAUCGUCCCUCCGAUGUCGCGUCUUGGCGAGCAGUUCGGGAUGGACCUCAUCGUUUCAGAUUCCACAUCUGAUGACGCGGAACGCACGAUGACGCUCGAUCCGCACGCCGUGGAGCGCAUCGUGAUGAACCUGAUGGACAACGCGUGUAAGUACGCUGGGGGUGAUGGAGAUAGCGACGAGGAACGAGACCUACGCGUGCACCUCGAUGCGUCCGUCGCGUCUGACUCGCUGCUGCUCGUCGUCGCUGAUCACGGCCCGGGCGUCCCGUCGCGCGAUCGACGCAAGAUCUUCGGCGAGUUCGUGCGUGGAUCAUCGGGAACGAUGCGCGAUCGUUCAGGAUUGGGUUUGGGUCUGGCGCUCUCGCGUGGUCUUGCGAUCGAGAUGGGGGGCGACCUGUCGCUCGUCCGCAAGCGAGGAUACGGCGCGGAGUUCGAGCUUCGCAUCCCGCUCAACUAG